CUCUCUCUCUCUCUCUCUCUCUCUCUCUCUUUCUCUGACUCUUCUCUCUUUCUCUCUCUGCUACAUCAAUGGCCGCUCUUGAUUUAAAGUCUCAAAGCGACAACAAAGAGAAUAUCGCACCUUCAAACAUGGCCACGAUAUUUGCCAAGCCUCUGAAUUCUUCAUCCAUUGAUAAAGAAAAAACACAAAUCAGAAUAAGAAGGAAAAGAUCUAGGCAGCCUCUUCGAGACAUCACCAAUCUCUUUGCUUCGUCAUCAACAUUGUCCUCUUCGUUUGUGAUUCGUCACGUUCCCUCUUCGCCAUCACUAUCACUUGAUCCCAAAUGCAUGAAGAGAAGAUCUGGUGUUGUUGGUGUCAAGGCUGCUGCUACUUCUUCGACCUUCUCUUGUAAAAAAUUUAGAUGAUUUUCUUCUUUUCUUUUGUGUUUUUUUUUGGAAAUUGUUGUUAAUCCUCUAGAUGGGUUCUUUUCCUAUUAUGAAAUCUGUAUCAGAAUAUGUAUUAGGAGUAUUUUAUCAAUACCCUGUCACGCAUUCAUGUACCGACACAAUAUUUAUUUCCAUGAGUA